AUGGAUGCAACAGCGGCUGCUGCAUCUGUAGCAGCUAUUUCCGGGCUCGCAGCAUACGUCAACGCGAAAUACCACAUUGCACAAGACCUGAGAGGACUGAGGUUCAAGAAGAACGCAGCUAGUUACUAUGAGCAACUCGCCAUCUGGUCGCGGGAGAAAACGUACACAUGGCAACAAGUUCACGAUGGCGCCGUCCAAUGGGGACACUUCUUUCUCUCCCAAGGCGUAAAGCCGGGCGAUAUGGUGGCUACUUACAUGAUGAACAGCGCAGACUUUGUGGUCAUCUGGUUGGGUCUGUUUUCUAUCGGUGCCGCGCCUGCCCAUCUUAACUACAACCUCAAAGGAGAAGGACUGGUGCAUUGUCUUAAAGUCGCGGAUGUGAAAGUUGUCCUUGUUGACGAAGAAGAGGGGUGUCAAGAACGAUUUGAGGGUGUGAGGACGACAGUGGAAGAGUUGGGUGUCACAGCUUUCAGGGUCGAUCGAGACCUGACUAGCAAGGUUCAGCAGCACAGCACCCAAGUACCCGGCGAUCAGUACAGAGAGAACGUCAAGGGUUCCGAUCCGACAUGUCUCUUGUACACAUCAGGAACGACGGGUCUACCAAAAGGAGGAAAGUUCAUGGUAAACCGUUUCCACGAACGAGGAAAUCCGCAAACCCUUGCCUUUGACCAGAAAGCCGGGCCAAACGGAGACCGAUGGUAUUGCUGCAUGCCGCUAUUCCACGGUACAGGUGGUCUAUCUGUGCUAUCAGCGCUUUCAGGUGGCGUUAGCGUGGCAAUAGGACGAAAGUUCUCCGUCAGCACAUUCUGGGACGACAUCCACGACUCUAAGUCUACCCUUUUCGUUUACGUCGGCGAAGCAGCGCGAUAUCUGCUCAUGGCGCCACCACAUCCACGGGAGCGAGACCACCGAUUACGCGCCAUGUACGGCAACGGCAUGCGACCCGAUGUCUGGAACCGAUUCAAAGAGCGCUUCAACGUCCCUGAAGUAAUAGAAUUCUUCAACUCGACAGAAGGCGUUCUUGGUAUGGUGGUUCACAGCAAAGGACCCUUCACGGCAACGACAGUAGCGCAGCACGGUGCUAUCAUCAGACGACUUCUUCACGACGUAUACAUACCUGUUCCCAUCGACCCGGAAACUGGAGAGCUACUCCGAGACCCCAAGACCGGAUUCGUGAAGCGCAAUUCGUAUAACGAGGGUGGCGAGAUCUUGGUCGCUGUACCGAGUGAAGAAGCAUUCGCUGGGUACCAUAACAAUCCAAAGGCAACGGCAAAGAAGUUCGAGAGGAACGUGUUCAAGAAGGGCGAUCUGUUCUACCGAUCUGGUGAUGCGCUCAGACGGGAUGACGAUGGGCGCUGGUUCUUCCUUGACCGACUGGGCGAUACAUUCCGAUGGAAGAGCGAGAACGUAUCUACAGCUGAGGUAGCAGAAGUUCUCGGACAAUACCCCGGUGUGGGCGAGGCCAUCGUAUACGGUACACUUGUCCCUGGGCACGACGGUCGCGCUGGCUGCGUCGCUCUCCGGCUUGCCGAUGGCGUCAGCCCCGAGACGUUUGACUGGAAAGCACUAUUGGAGUACUCGAGGAGUAAAUUGCCGAGAUACGCAGUACCGAUCUUCUUGCGCUUGGUCAAGGAAGCGAGUAAUACGGAUAACCAGAAGCAGAAUAAGGCGCCGCUGCGGGCAGAGGGCAUGGAGAUUGACAAGUUUGGCACUAAGGUUGUGGGUGGCGGUGAUGAUGUGGUUAUGUGGAUGAAGCCGGGUGAGGAUCGGUAUGUGAGGUUUACUAUGGGUGAUUUGGAGGCUUUGAGAAGUGGGAAGACUUUGCUGUAG